UGUUUUGGUCGUUUUUGUUCAGUUUUGAAAAUGGAGCGAAGCACCAACGCCAAGAGAAAGAAAGGAGAACCACCGUUGAUACCUCGUGCUGGCAUUAAUCAAACAACUUUCAGAAUAUUGCUUACUGGCCCUGGAGAUGUCAUACCAGUCCUGGCAAGACACAUGAAGAAGUGCUUUAAUGAAAAACAUAAAAUCACUAACUUGAAAAUUCACCAUGCUGUUUCACUCACUGAAGAAAUUGCUUUGAAACUAAGUAGUACUGGUCUUCAUGCUGCUGUGCUGUGUAUAGAUCCCUCAAAUUUAAUGACAAAGUCACAUGUUCGAGAAAAUUUAAGAUAUUUGGAUUAUAAUAUAAUAUCCACUUCAAUGUACGUCCUUAACCUUGUCCAUCCAUUGCCAGUUAUACAUCAGACUGUGGCUGAUACUGUAACGAAGCUGUCCAUAACCUACAAUACUCAUGUUAUCCACAUUCAUUAUGAAGAUGAAGAGAGUGUAAAGUUUGGAUUAGAUCGUGUGUGUACAGUAGCUUUACGUGGAGCCAAGUUCAUUUAUGGCAAUGAGCCUCCAUUUUUCAACAGCAUUGAUUUUUCAGAGUUAAAGAACUUGAUAUAUUGACAUAUUCUUCAGAAAAUACAAAUAUUUUUCUCAUAA